CCAAAACACAAAAGUAGAAUAAUGGAACAUUCGAACGAACAUUUGGCCACAAGCCACAAGGCCUACAAGAGGUAAAUAGAAACGCCAAAGGUAAUACACAAGCUCAGAAGAUCGUGGGCAGUUAUUGCAAUGAGAGAGCAUAAACAAUGCUCAUACAUAGGAAGAAAGAAAACAAAGGUUCAUCAACAUAAUAUAGCUAACAAACGUAAUAACAACAGUAGUAAGAAUAAUAAUCUGCAUUGCAGCAGUAGCAUCACAAAUAUUUCAGUUAAAUUUUCGGAUUCGCCCUUGUCGGUUUCAGAUCUGGUGGAUCUGAUAAUUGCAACACUACCGUCAACACUAGUUCCACUAACAACCAGAUCUGAAACCGACAAGGGCGAAUCCGAAAAUUUAACUGAAAUAUUUGUGCUGCUGCUACUGCAAUGCAGAUUAUUAUUCUAACUACUGUUGUUAUUACGUUUGUUAGCUAUAUUAUGUUGAUGAAGCUCUGUUUUCUUUCUUCCUAUGUAUGAGCAUUGUUUAUGCUCUCUCAUUGCAAUAACUGCCCACGAUCUUCUGAGCUUGUGUAUUACCUUUGGCGUUUCUAUUUACCUCUUGUAGGCCUUGUGGCUUGUGGCCAAAUGUUCGUUCGAAUAUUCCAUUAUUCUACUUUUGUGUUUUGGGUUUCUGUUGUUAGUGCUUUUGUGUUUUUGUUUUAUAGGUUAUUCGAAUACAUAAAGUUAGAUAUACGGUCAUACAUCAUUAUUUAUAUCUAACCCAAUUAAAAUGAAACUAAUUAUAUACAUACUAAAUUGAAUGGAUUUUGUAAAUAAUUUUUAGGUGCAGAUUGGAUGACAACUCAAAGAUAUUUGCAAAUAUACACAAAUACGUAAAACUAUUAGAGGAAAUCGAAUCAAAACGAAUCGAGAAGGAAAAAAGAAUGAACACAACAUAUCACCCUCAUUUUUAUCUCAUGCUCAUUGUAAAUAAGUAGCAAAAAAACAUAGGAAAGGUUGGAUUUGAAAUAUAUGGAAACACAAAUACGUAAAACUAUUAGAGGGAAAUCAAAUCAAAAUGAAUCGAGAAGGAGAAAAGAAUGAACACAACAUAUCACCCUCAUUUUUAUCUCAUGCUCAUUGUAAAUAAGUAGCAAAAAAACAUAGAAAAGGUUGGAUUUGAAAUAUAUGGAAACACAAAUACGUAAAACUAUUAGAGGAAAUCGAAUCAAAACGAAUCGAGAAGGAGAAAAGAAUGAACACAAUAUAUCGCCCUCAUUUUUAUCUCAUGCUCAUUGUAAAUAAGUAGCAAAAAAACAUAGAAAAGGUUGGAUUUGAAAUAUAUGGAAACACAUUGUGAGUUCAAAUUUGUCAUCUUUAACGGUAUUGUUGUUCAGAUAACAAAAUUUUGGUGCUUCAAAAUGUAUAAUUUCCUCAAAUUAAGUCCAUAUUUGGAAAUUUCACUUAAAAUUUUCUCUCCGUGUAUUAGACUAAUUCCUCCUCAUGACGAGUAAUCUCAGAAUGUCACCUAACGGUACAUUUGUAUUUUUAUAAACUAAUAAUAAUAAUACAUGUAUUUUUAUAUGAAUAAUAAUACAGUAUUGGGUGAUUAUGUUUACAGGGUUUUUUCUCUCGUCCCUGGAGAGCUCUCGUUUCAUCUCUUUUGAAUAGUGUGACGUUUCAUAUUCCCGCGCAGCCCGACGGUCUGGCAGCGCUGAUCUCUGUCUCAUUUUCUGAUGUUCUUCGCUUGAUUCUCCUCCUCCUGGCCUACUCUGUGUAGUGGAUUCCUCGGGCUCUGGUCUUUACUCAGGAGUGUCAAUGGCGGAGGAGAUUGUUGAGAAGCUUUCCGGUAUAGACUUGACAGAAGAUGAAGAGGCUCUCAUCUGUAUCGAUGAGUCUGUUACGAGUGAAGGAGUUGAAGAGGCGAUUAAAGAGCUGGGAGUGGCAGGAAAGGUUGUCUCUGGUAGGUUCCCCUCCGAGAAAAUCCUGAAAAGAAUAUUAAGUGAAGCUUGGAAGUUAAGAAGAGAGUUCGAUGUCCAGGUUACUAAAAGCAACAUUCUUAGAAUUCAGCUUUACUGUUAUGAAGACAAGAAUAAGAUCUUGUAUGGGGGACCUUGGCACUUGGAGCGACAACUUCUUAUUUUCAAAGAGAUCCCUCCAGACUUAGAUCUCGAACGGAUCGAUUUCUCUACAGCAGAUUUUUGGAUACGUAUCAGAAAACUUCCCUUAAAGCUGAGGAACGACCAAAUGGCAAAGAGAAUUGGAAAUAUGUUUGGGGCCCUGAUCCGAUGGGACGAACUUCACUCUAGUGUUAGCAGUGAUUACAUGAGGAUCCGGGUGUCAUUGUCGAUUACUAAACCAUUGAGAAGGGUGGUCAAAUUGCAAGGUGCAGAAGGUCAGGCUUCAUUCAGGGUGGGAUAUGAACGUCUGCCUAUCUACUGCUUCAGGUGCGGAAUUUUCGGACACCUAAAGAAGUCCUGUACUAAUGGAAUGGAUCCAAAUGGUAAGGAUGAAGACCCUUAUGGUCCCUGGCUCCGAGCCGAUUCCCCUCUAAGGAAAAUACCGCUUGAAGAAAAGGGCAAGCAGCAGCGCCUAACUAAACUGUGGGAAGAGGUUAAAGCAGCAAAGAGUGAAAAAGAAAAGAUGGCUAAGGAGACUAUUGUAGCAGAUAAAGCCCUCUGUGUUUAUGAGGAUCUAUCAAGGGAAACGCGGGAAGCCAGAGUAAAGGACAAAGAUAGAGAGGAGUCCCAAAAGAACGAUAACAAAGGGAAAGACUCAGUUCUUGAUCUACCAACAACUGAACAGGCUGAAGCAAAUGAAAAGGAGGAUAGAAGGGUUGACAGUGAACAGGGGGAGCAGGGUCACCUCCCUCAGUUAAGUUUUCAAAUGGGGCAAAAGGGUGUCGACAGAAGGAAAUGGAUGAGACUGGCCAGGAAACAUCCCGCUAAUGGAGAGCAAGACCAGAUUCAAUCAGCUAUGGGGAAAAGAGGGGCACCAGAGGCUAUGGAUGUGGAUGAGAUACCUGUUGUUGAAAAACGACCUAGAGGAAUUACCAUUAACGAUGAGGAUGGCGAAGUGGCGGACCUUGCCGAGGAGCAAGGCCGCCGAGCCUAAUGAAAAUCCUAAGUUACAACUGUCGAGGUUUGGGCAGCACCUCGGCAGUUGCUAAACUCAAAAGGCUGGUCAGGGGGGUUAAACCUCAUGUUAUUUUUCUUAUGGAAACUAGAAAGGAUGAGAAAGGGUGGAGAGAAAUACAGAAAGAACUUGGUU